UGACCAACUAUUUUUACUAUUAGAUGCCUUUUUCUUUUGAUUCUCCACACAUAUUUUGCAGCAUUCUUAAUAUCACUAGCUAUUUUUUCUCACGUAAUAUUAACAUCCUUAUAAACAACUCAAAUAUUGAGAUCUUAAAAGUUGCGACUAGGGUUCUCUGAUUGGAUGGUCUUGUUGCAAACUAAUAUCAUUAAAUUAUAGUCACGACUAGAAUCCGUAUGAACCUAGAUGGCUAAAAAAUUCUUGAGUAGUGAAUCAUGAAAUUGACUUGAUAUGAUAUCAAACCCCACCCCCUGUUAUUAGCUAAAAUUGACAUAAAUUCGCUCCUUAGACAAUCAUCCAUCAUUGUAUAUAAAUUCCCUUGAAUGACGCCACCAUAGUUGCCGGUAACAACCCAGGAUGAUGAAACCUUGAGAUUUUGUUUUGGGUUCGUCAUGAUUCCCUCGCUAUUUGUUUUAUGUUUAUGAUCGUAAAUUUUUAGUUCCUUAGCUAAAUUUAUUUCUACUUUGUAUCAAAUACUGAGCAUCUAAUGACUAAUUUUAAUUAAAAGCUCUCUCUUAUUAAUGGGAAUGUAGUUAAUCAUAGAGGCUUGCAUCUAUGAGCUACAUGUAACAAAAUCUUAAAGUCCUAUUAAAAUGAAGGUAAUCUCUGGUUAGUGUCUUAUCUUUCAUCUAGUCUAUCUUCUGAAAAUGUAGCCUGGAACAAAACCACUUAGGAAGAGCCAAACUUGAAUUUCGAAGCCCAUGGAUUUGCAAAUUUAUUUGAUCUUUAUUUUUGUUAGGUAAUUUUUCUGUUGCAUUGCCAAAAUUGAUUAGUAGCCAAAAUUCUUUUACAUAAUGUCGGGCUUUGGCCAAAUUUGUAGCCAAAAUUUUAUUACAUCAGAGUUUGCCAGAAUUUUAUUUUGUUAUUAUGCAUCAAUCUCAUUAUUUUGAAUGCUUUAGGUUGGGAGUGAGCUGAAGGAAUAAUAGAAUAUGGUUACUAGUUGCAUGGAUGGUUUUUCUUAAAUUGCUUCUGUUUGAACCCAAGUUCAUAAUUAAAAAUCUUAAAAUUUGAAUUGAAAUUUGAAAUUUUAUAUUACACAUGUUUAUUUAAAAAAAAAUGUAUUAUAGCUAUAAUAAUAUAUAACUUAAUCAUAUUUAAUGAAGGUUUACGGAGUUGGAUUUUUAGGUUACUGCAAUCCUGCUUCUUAAUGAAUAAAUGGAUUAAUAUGAAAAAUUUAGUAGCUUAGGGCUCGUUUGGGACGGCGGCACUCUUGCUUUACUUUAUAAAAAGUUAUGAAAUUGUUGUUUGGGGCAUCGCGGCAGAACAGCGGCAGAAAAAAUUCGCGGCGUGCAAUUGCUUCCCGCGACCUUACACUCUCUCCCGCGGUCCGCUGCAGUCCGCUGCUUUCCGGAAAAAAAAUGACGAAAAUCCCCUUCCAAUCCCUUUCAAAUGGAGGAACUGAUCUCCCCUUCGUUGUUGCCGGCCGCAUAAGGUUUCAGCGAGGGCUUGAUCCCGAGGUUCUCGAGAACUUCCCGACGCUGGUGUAUUCAGACGUGAAGGAGCACAAAAUCGGAAAGGGCGCGCUCGAGUGUGCAAUCUGCCUGAACGAAUUCGAGGAUGACGAGACCAUCCGCCUCCUCCCCGAGUGCGACCACGUUUUCCAUCAGGAGUGUGUAGACGCCUGGCUUGAAACCCACGUCACUUGCCCUGUUUGCAGCGCUAAUUACACCUUCUAUUCUCCCGAUCGUGCAUCCAGAAUUCCCGCUCGAAACGAUGGGGCAAUGCUUGCGCUAGCGCCUCCGGCAUCAGCUUUACCUCCCGACGCUCCGCCGGCGGAUCAUGUGGUGAUCACGGUGGAUGAUAUGAAUGAGAGGAAAGAGGAGAUGCGAGAGCUCACGAGGAUCGCGAGCAAGGUGAGGGCGAAUGGGCCGAGGCGAUCCAAGAGGAUUUCGAGGUCGCACUCGACUGGGCACUCGAUGAUGCCGCAAGGAGAGGCGGGUCUCGAUCGUUUCAGGUUGCGGUUGCCGGAGAACAUGAGGAAGGAGAUCAUCGCCGCUGGGAAGCUGCACAGGUCGAGAACCUUCGCGGUGACGGUGACUGGGGGUGGUGCCGGCGAGUCCAGUACGUUGCCGUCGCCGUCGCCAUUGCCGUCGCAGUCGCCGUCACUAUCUGACACUGUUCGUGGAUUUUAUGGACGUCUGUGCUUGAGAUUUUGUUUGCCUGGUAGAUUAGCGUUAGUUUUUGCAGGAAAUUUUAAUUAGAUUUUGUUAGGGUUUAAUUUGUCUUUGUUUGUUCGCCGAUGCUUUUUAUCUUCUACUCUAAUGGAUUCAGCUUGUUUAGGGUUUAAUAGUUGAUUAUCAUAUACAUUUAAAAACACUUAAAUUUUUAAAAAAUUAUAUAUUUCAUCUAAAUAUAUAUAAGGGUAUGAAGGUAAAUUAUUCACAUACAGCUGCAGCACAACAGUUCUACAGUUACGCUAUCCAAACAAAAUAUAAUGAUUUAUAUAAAGCAACUUCAGGAAGCAACUUUCUGUACAACAAUUUCACAACCUACUUUACCGACAGCUGCAGCCGUCCCAAACGCACCCUUAGGCAUAUCUAUGAAAGCAAAAGUGAGAUUUCAUGGCUAUAUAAUUUAAGCAAUAGAUGAUAAAGCCAUAUGGAGCUUUAUAUGCAAGGAGGUAAUU